GAGAUGGUAAUCAUAACCAUCCCGCCAUCUAUGCUGUUGCUUGGAACUAUUUGCCGUUGUGCCGGGAUAGAUGUCUUGCAUAUCCAUGGCUUGUAGGCUCGCUUUGCAAGAUCCCAAGUAGCACAGACUUUAUGUUAUAGGCUGCAGAUCUAUUUUCCUAGUCACAAGGUUCUUAUGUGGCGAAGCUUGGCAGAACUGCAGGUUUCAUAAGUCGUCAUCGGUUGCACAGACUUGUUAGUUUCGUGAAUUCGAUUCAUCCAUCUCGAGGGUGGCAAGUUUUGAUGGCUGAAAGCAGCGUAUAGUCGUGGAUUUGCUGAGAUGGAGUAAAUAUUUGAUCCUAAUAAAUACGCAUGCUUAGGACUGACCUCAGUUUAAACAACGAAAACCGAGACUGACUUGCACAAAAAUCAAUAUCCAUCUCCCUAUUCCCAAAAUGGCGCCUUCAAAGCCAGAACUUCCAGCAACAGAACCAGUGUAUGAUCCUAGUCGCCCUCAGGCGGACGUCAAAUGCCUCUACAACAACCUCAUCCCAAACGCUCCUGGAAAAUCCAUCGUGUCCUACCUAAUUUCGCAGCCUCCCAACGGAUCCACACCACCACAUACUCAUGCCGGUGCAUUCGUGAGCGCCCACAUCCUAACUGGCCAUAUGCUCAACGGGAUGAACAAGGAACCAAUGCAGCUUCUGGGACCAGGAGACAGCUUUAAGGAACAUCCGGGAUGCCAUCACAGGCUUAGCGAGAACGCAUCCACAACGGAACCGGCGACUUUCAUUGCGACGCUGGUGGUUGAUACGAAGACGGUGGAGGAGCUAGGGGUGGCAGGGUUGACUGUUAUUGAUGCUGGGUAUUUGGAGAUGAUUGAAAAGGCACAGAAGAAGGUUUGAGGGAGGAGAGCAA